UGUCAUUCAUCAACCGCCGAUUUUUUUUUCAAUGUAGCUUUUUGCGAAAACGUAAAUUAAAGCAGUAUAAAUUUAUUCGAUUUGCGAAACUUGUUUAAAAAUAAAAGGCGUCUUGCUGUUACUUAAAACAAUUACUGGUAUCCAGUGUACAAAAACAGUCUUAUAGAAUACUGUACAGCAUCAUGGAAAUUAAUGAAAAUAAUUUCGAGCGUCUUGCUAAUUAUUUGCAGCAAACAUUGAGUCCUGAUCCUGAAGUACGUCGACCCGCUGAACGAUUUAUAGAAAGUAUCGAAAUAAGUCAAAACUAUCCUUUAUUAUGCCUACAUCUAAUUGAUCGUUCACAAGUGGACAUUACAAUUCGUGUAGCAGCAGCGAUUGCAUUUAAAAAUUUUGUCAAACGGAACUGGGGAUAUCAUUUGGACAACGAUGGUCCCGACAAGGUGGCAGAAUCGGACCGAAAUGGCAUCAAAACAUUGAUCGUGCCGCUAAUGCUAAAAUCUCCACUGUCGAUACAAAAGCAAUUGAGUGAUGCAGUUAGCAUCAUCGGCAAAUACGAUUUCCCGCUUAAAUGGCCACAGCUGAUGGAUGAAAUGAUUGAAAAAUUCGCUACUGGUGAUUUCAAUAUUAUAAACGGAGUUCUGCAAACCGCCCAUUCUUUGUUUAAACGUUAUCGUUAUGAAUUCAAAUCACAGCAGCUAUGGGAGGAAAUUAAAUUCGUAUUGGAUAAGCUCGCAAAGCCGUUGACGGACUUGCUGCAAGCCACGCUAACACUAGCGGAAGCACAUGCAAACAACGAAGAAGCAUUGAAGAUAAUCUACGGCUCUUUGGUACUUGUUUGCAAGGUUUUCUACUCACUGAAUUCGCAAGAUUUACCUGAGUUUUUCGAGGAUAACAUGGAGACGUGGAUGAAAGCAUUCCACGCUAUGCUGACGGUAGACAUCCCAUGUUUGAAAACAUCCGAUGAUGAAGAUGCUGGAGUUUUAGAACUCCUGCGAUCGCAAAUUUGUGAAAAUCUUUGUCUAUAUGCCCAAAAAUAUGAUGAGGAAUUUGGACCUUACAUGCCUCAGUUUGUAACGGCUGUGUGGGAAUUAUUGGUUAACACCGGUAUCCAAACAAAAUAUGACACGCUUGUUUCAAAUGCGCUGAAUUUCCUAAGUACGGUCGCCGAUCGGAGUCACUACAGACACUUGUUCGAGGAUCCCAAUGUACUUGCCAGUAUUUGUGAAAAGGUUAUUAUACCGAACAUGGAUUUCCGCGUUUCAGAUGAAGAGCUUUUUGAAGACAACCCGGAGGAAUAUAUUCGCAGAGAUAUUGAAGGAUCGGACGUAGAGACACGGCGAAGGGCCGCUUGUGACUUAGUAAAGACACUUUCUCAAAACUUUGAAUCGAAGAUUAUCGAAAUUUUCGGUCAAUAUUUACAAGUCUUGUUGGCUCGAUACGCCGAAAAUCCGGUUAAUAACUGGAAGACUAAAGACACUGCUAUAUAUUUGGUUACAUCCAUGGCUUCUAAGGGUCAAACUCAAAAACUCGGUGUGACGCAAACCUCAGAGUUGGUGCCGCUACCGCAGUUCACACAGCAACAAAUCAUACCAGAGCUGGAGCGAGCUGAUGUGAAUGAAUUACCGGUCCUGAAAGCCGAUGCUCUGAAAUUCAUCAUGACAUUCCGAACGAUCCUCGGACCACAAAUCAUUGUGGCCACAUUGCCAUUGGUGGCGAAACACUUGACUGCUGGAAAUGUAGUCGUACACAGCUAUGCUGCAUGUGCAAUUGAUAAAAUUCUUAUCAUGAAAGGUCCGGAUGGCAAACCCAUUGUUACAAAAGAGAUUUUGGCUCCACUUAGUGCAGAACUGAUCACUGGACUAUUUGCUGCCUUCACCGUGCAAGGUUCCAACGAAAACGAAUACAUCAUGAAGUGCAUCAUGAGGACACUGAACACACUGCAGGAGACAUCCUUGUCUUUCAUGAUCGUCGUUCUUCCUCGGUUAACGGAAAUAUUAACCGUUGUGUCGAAGAAUCCAUCGAAACCGCAUUUUAAUCACUACCUAUUUGAAACUCUAUCACUCUCUGUCAAGCUUGUGUGUAAAGCAGAUCCCAAUGCCGUAACGUCAUUUGAAGAGGCAUUGUUUCCGGUAUUUCAAGGCAUUUUGCAGAAUGAUGUCCUCGAGUUCAUGCCGUACGUGUUUCAAAUGCUGUCACUGUUUCUCGAGAUUCGAGAAGGUCAUCGAGCCAUACCGGACACCUACUUAUCAUUGUUUCCUUGUCUCCUAGCGCCGGCGCUUUGGGAAAGACCAGGAAACGUAACUCCACUGAUUCGACUGCUUUGUGCAUUCGUUCGGCAAGCGUCACCGCAAAUCAGUGCCGAUGGUAAGCUGAAUGGAGUCCUCGGCGUGUUCCAAAAGAUGAUUGCAUCUAAAAACAACGAUCACGAAGGGUUCUACCUAAUGCAGAAUCUUCUGCUACAUUAUCCAGCGGAAGAAUUAGGGCAAAGCAUGCGCCAAAUUUUCUCUCUCCUUUUCCAGCGUUUGAGCUCUACAAAGACUACAAAGUUUGUACGAAGUUUCAUUGUGUUCCUGUGUCUAUAUGCGGCAAAAAUUGGAGCGCAAUCACUCAUACAGAUAAUCGACAACAUUCAGUCAUCUAUGUUCGGAAUGGUAAUCGAGCGAAUUUUCAUCCCCGAUAUCAACAAGGUGUCAGGUGAAUUGGAACAGAAAAUUGUUUCAGUUGGCAUAACGAAAUUGCUGUGCGAAGCACCGGAAAUGAUUUCGGAUCAGUACGUGAAGUUUUGGCCACAGCUGCUGCAAACAGUAAUCCAGAUAUUCGAGCUUCCUCCAGAUGAGACGACCAGCGAGGGAGAUACAUUUAUUGAAAUUGAAGACGUUCCGGGAUACCAGGCCGCCUAUUCACAACUCAAUUUCGCCCAAGCCAAACCAAUCGACCCAUUGCCCGACGUUGCCAACACUCGCCAGUUUCUAGUUCAGCAUCUAAGUAAACUAGCACAAAGUAAUCAUGGUAGAAUUGGCCUUCUAGUUUCCACUCUACCAGAUGCCCAUCGAGAGGUACUUCAAAAGUACUGUGCCCAAAAUGGAGUGCAAAUUGCAUAAACAAUGUCCUCUCACUAACUAUGAUGUUGCACCAUUUAAAUGUGACUUUUUUUGUUCAAGCCAACUACAUGUCUAAAGAAAUAAAGCUACCAGGUGUUACUUUUUUA